UCUGCCUGCAACAGAGCGGGGUCCCCAAACCCCAACUCCUGGAGACAAUCCCACAGGGUGCUGAGGCCACUCUGGUCCUUGUGGGCUGUGCAGCCUUCCUGGAGCAGCCAAUGCUGGCCUUUGUGCGCCUGAAGGACGCAGUGACACUGGACGGUGUCCUCGACGUGUCCAUCCCCGUCCGCUUCCUCGUCGUGGUCCUGGGGCCCGACACCCCCCAGAUCAGCUACCACGAGAUCGGCCGCGCCAUCGGCACCAUGAUGUCCGAGAGGGUACGGGUCACCCGCCAGUGCCACCGCCCCCAGCACCCUGGGGCUGCAGCUUGUCCCCCUGUGCCGCGUCCCUCCCUGACCCCCAUGUCCCCGUGCCUCCUGGUGCCAUGCCCGUGUCCCCAAGACCGUGUCCUCACCUCCCUAUGUCCCCUUACCCCCGUGUCCCCGUGUCCCCCUCGCCCCGUGGCCCCGCUGCGG